GAGAGUGACAGCCACGCCCGGGGCGGGGCGCGUCCGCCGCAUCCGCCGGGCCAUGGGACCGCGCGCGCUGCUGCUGUCGGCGCUGCUGCUGGGGGCCGCGUCCCGGCCGAGCCUCGCGCAGGACACGCUUUCACCGCCGGCCGCCCUCACGAACGGGAGCCGGCCGGGCGCGCCGUACAACAGCACGCACCUGUGGCCGCCGGGCUCCCCGCUGCUGCGUUCGUUCUACGUGCUCUUGGGCUUCAGCGGCCUGGCCGUGCUCUACUUCCUCAUCCGGGCGUUUAGGUUGAAGAAGCCACAGAAGAGGUAUGGCCUCCUGGCCAACAGCGAGGACGCCGUGGACAUGGACAGCGGCGAGGAGGAGACGGUGUUUGAGACUCGGACUCUGAGAUGAUGCUGACAUCUGGGAGGAGGGAUUUGCAGCUGCCCUGGCAGAGGACAGAGCCAGUGCCAAUUCUCCUAGCUUCGGUGCCAGCCCUGAGAGCGCCUGUGGGACUUACCCAGCCUGCCUGAAGCCGUCUCAGCCCUCACCUGGACAUGACUGCCCUGGAUGCUGUGUGGAAUCCGAGGGGCCUGAUAGCGCCCACACAGGGCUCUGAGCCCUGACAGAACUGUGGCGCGUGUCGCUUGUCGCUUACCUGUCCUUGUGUGGACACAGCACAGCAGCCUUGGCUGAGGCCUGGGAGGUGGGCGGGCCACGGCCUGUCUGAAUGGGUCUUCCCUGGCCUGGAGAUAAUAAAGGCGGCUCCACGUCA